GCUUGUGCGAGCUAUAACGUCCUCUGGUGGCGCUUAUUGAAAAUGUGGGAAAACAAAAAUGGCGGAAGAGCAGGAAUUGUUACAGCUUGAAGAACUAUGCAAACAACUAUAUGAAACCGCAGACAGUAACAUUCGAACUGAAGCUGAGAAAGCGUUGGUAGCCUUUGCCAAUUCUCCGGGAUGUCUCAGCAAGUGUCAGCUUCUACUGGAGCGUGGAAAUUCUCCAUAUGCCCAGCUUUUGGCGGCGACUACACUUACGAAGCUUGUCACCCGCCCUAAUCUCACUCUUCCACUAGAACAGAGGGUUGACAUCAGAAAUUAUGUUCUCAACUAUUUAGCCACACGACCUAAGCUAGUUCACUAUGUGUCCCAAGCACUAGUUCAGCUGUUUGCAAGGAUUACGAAACUUGGCUGGUUUGAUAUCAACAAGGAUGACUAUGUUUUCAGAGAUGUGGUUAUUGAUGUGGGGAAGUUCAUACAGAGUGGUUCCACUCAGCAUGUUAUGAUAGGAGUUCAGUUGCUGUCUCAGCUCGUCUGUGAAAUGAACCAAGUGAGUGAGGCUGAGGCGAGCCGAUCUCUGGCGAAACACCGGAAGAUUGCGUCUUCGUUCCGGGACACGCAGCUGUUUGAGAUCUUCCAGCUGGCGUGCUCUUUGUUACGGCAGGCGGCAGGAAACCUCAAGAAUCUAGACCUGAAUGAUGACAGUCAGCAUGGCCUUCUGUCGCAUUCUCUGAGGCUUGCUCAAAAUUGUUUGACAUUUGAUUUCAUUGGAACGUCGACGGAUGAGUCCUCGGAUGACCUGUGCACUGUACAGAUUCCCACCAGCUGGAGAUCAGCUUUCCUCGAUUUCAGCACUCUCAAGCUCUUUUUUGAUUUGUAUAAAGGUCUUCCUACAACACUAUCCCCCAUGGCUCUUUCGUGUCUUGUACAAAUAGCAUCUGUACGGCGAUCACUUUUUAACAACACAGAGAGAGCAAAAUUUUUGAACAGUUUGGUCACAGGUGUUCGAACCAUCUUGGACAAUCCACAGAGUUUGUCCGACCCCAGCAAUUACCAUGAAUUCUGUAGAUUGUUAGCCCGGUUGAAGUCCAAUUACCAGCUAGGAGAGCUUGUCAAAGUUGAUAAUUAUCCAGAAAUUAUUAAACUAAUAGCAGAAUUCACAGUUACAAGUUUGCAGAUGUGGCAGUUCGCCCCAAACAGUGUGCACUACCUCCUGAGUCUGUGGCAGCGUAUGGUUGCAUCUGUGCCGUACGUGAAAGCGUCCGAGCCUCACUUGCUGGAAACCUACACACCAGAGGUUACCAAGGCUUUUGUUACUUCAAGACUGGAGUCUGUUCAUGUUGUUAUAAGAGAUGGAAUAGAAGAUCCGCUUGAUGAUCAUGGGAUGAUCUCUCAGCAGCUAGAUCAAUUGUCAACGAUAGGUCGGUGUGAGUAUGAAAAGACGUGUGCAUUGCUUGUACAGAUGUUUGACGAGUCGGCGCAGCGAUACCAGGAGCUUGUUUCUUCUGCUGGACCAAGUGUUGAUCUAGCCAUUCAAGAAGGCCGUCUGACUUGGUUGGUGUAUAUUAUAGGAUCUGUGAUAGGGGGGAGGGUUUCAUUUGCAAGUACUGAUGAUCAUGAUGCAAUGGAUGGUGAAUUAGUGUGCAGGGUUCUUCAGCUGAUGAAUCUGACGGAUUCACGGUUAACACAGGGUGGAUGUGAGAAGCUCGAUCUAGCUAUACUCAGCUUCUUCGAACAGUUCCGGAAGAUCUACGUGGGAGACCAGGUCCAGAAAACCUCAAAGGUGUACAGAAGGUUAUCUGAGGUGCUUGGUCUCAGUGAUGAGUCAAUGGUGUUGAGUGUGUUCGUAGGCAAAAUAAUUACGAAUCUGAAGUACUGGGCGAGAAGUGAACCGAUCAUCUCAAAAACCCUUCAGCUGUUGAGUGAUCUCUCGGUCGGUUACAGCAGUGUACGCAAGCUGGUCAAACUGGAAGCUGUGCAGUUCAUGUUGAAUAACCACACGAGUGAACAUUUCCCGUUUCUGGGGAUCAGUGUGAACUCGACUGCGAGCACCCCCCUGGCUGACAUGCGGUGCCGGACGACAUUCUACACGGCGCUCGGUCGAUUGCUGCUGGUCGACCUGGGCGAGGAUGAGGAGAAGUUUGAACAGUUCAUGAUGCCCCUCACAGCUUCAUUUGAUACUGUGGGUAAUUUGUUAGCCAAUGCCAGUACAGCUAUACGGGUCGAAGAGGCAAAGCGAUCGUUGAUAGGAUUAGUACGAGACUUGCGAGGGAUAGCGUUUGCCUUCAAUACAAAAAUCAGUUACAUGAUGUUGUUUGAUUGGAUAUAUCCAACAUACACCCCAGUGAUACAGAGGGCCGUUGAGUUGUGGUACCACGAACCGAGCGUCACCACACCUGUGUUAAAACUGAUGGCCGAACUAGCUCAAAACAGAUGCCAAAGACUGCAGUUUGAUGUGUCUUCACCAAAUGGUAUUCUUUUAGUCCGAGAAGUUAGUAAAAUGAUUGUUACAUAUGGUUCAAGAAUACUCACUUUAGGAGAUAUUCCAAAAGAUCAAAUUUACCCAUUAAAGUUAAAAGGAAUAUCGAUCUGCUUUUCCAUGUUAAAGGCAGCACUCUGCGGGAACUACGUCAACUUUGGUGCCUUCCGUCUCUAUGGUGAUAAUGCCCUCGACAACGCUCUGGGGAUGUUUGUUAAGCUGCUUCUGUCAGUGCCGCAGAGUGAUCUGCUGGACUUUCCCAAACUGAGUCAGAAUUACUAUGGACUCCUGGAGUGUUUGGCUCAGGACCACAUGCCGUUCAUUAGUAACCUGGAGGCUCAAGUGUUCCUCUACAUUCUGUCCACUAUCUCCGAAGGCUUGACUGCUCUUGAUACCAUGGUGUGUACUGGUUGCUGUGCAACCCUUGACAACAUCAUCACGUAUCUGUUCCGGCGUCUGACGACGAAGAAGAAGAAGACGACACGACCAGGCAGUGUUCCCGAUAGCGAAUCAUUCCUUAGAAUACUAGAACUCCAUCCAGAAAUACUGCAGCAGAUGCUGUCUACUGUAUUAAAUAUAAUAAUGUUUGAAGACUGCCGUAACCAGUGGUCCAUGUCUAGACCUUUGCUAGGCCUCAUCCUCAUUAAUGAAGAGUAUUUUAACAAGUUAAGAGAAAGUAUCAUAUCCAGUCAGCCGACAGAAAAACAGCCCACCAUGAUUAGAUGCUUUGAGAAUCUGAUGGACGGAAUCGAGAGGUCUUUGCUCACCAAAAACAGGGACAGAUUUACUCAAAAUCUUUCUGUAUUCCGCCGUGAUGUGAACGAUUCACUGAAAGCUCCGAGCAAUAGUCCGACAUCAUCGAAUUCACUGGACAUGAUGAGUUACGGCUGAUAUAGGCUUGUUGUGCAAAAAGCGUAUAUGUGCAGACGAAAACAAAUGUGUGGUCUUUAAAGUGCUUAUGAAUGAGUUGUGUGCACCGAUUGCUACCUAGUCGGAGGAUAUACUUGUUACUGCGAGUGUGAAGCGGCCUGUUGCUGGUUCUGUAUUUAGGAGUGAAUCUACAAGUGUGCGUCUUGAUGGCUGGAGGGUUCUCUAUUGUGCUGCUGUUACUGAAUCAGUGUACGAAGCAUUUGCCUUUGUCUUACACAAAACAGCACCACUUCAACAACAAAAACGCUUUUUUUUAAUUUUCCGGUGAAAUCCACAGCUGAAUGGGGAGAAGUUAAUAAAUGGCUUGAUAAUGCAGAUGCUUUUGCUGUGACUAAUUGUGUCUGUGGUUGUGAGGCUCUUUAUAGGGAGGGGAUAUGGUGUGGAGGGGGUGGGGGUGUUAUGUUUAUCCAGUAGACAUCAGGCUAACAGCAGAUGCUCAUCUAGAUUUUAGUCUGAUGUGUUCAGUGCUGAGGUUUCUUUCAGCUGUCUGAAAAUUGAAACUUUGUGUAAACCAUUUGACCCAUGUGAUUUUGCGUAACCUGUUGCAACCAAUGUACAUGAAGUCAUUAAUAUAAUGUGCUAACGAAAAUUGUGUUACUGAAAACUAGACUAUAUAAGCAGCAAGUCAAACUAUCGUUCUCACAAUAUUGUCUAAGGUAGUUUGUUGAAUUUUUACUGUCUGUGCAAAUUGAAGCAAAUUGAAACCCUGAUUGUGUUUUCCCCUUGUUUUGAGAAUGCACUACUUAGAUGAGUCCUUCGAUGUUGCCGACACUGUUUACAUGAUGGUCCGCUUAUUCUUGACUCGUAUCAACCAUGCUAGGCCACAUUUCACAGGAACAAUACUGAUGAUUUUUUGGUUAGUCAUUAGUUUGGGCGAUUAGAAAGAGAUAAUGAAGAAAAAAGAGGUAACAAAGGAGACUGGGGAGAAUGAUAAAAAUUUUAUUCUGGUUGUGAGGAGCUGGUAGUGUUAAGUAAACCUGUUGCCUUAUAUAGACUCCAUAAUCAUGUUUCAUUUUUUGUUAGUCACUUGCUUUACAAUUUGGCUUUUUUUCUUUUUGUUUAUUAUUAAUACUACUAUUUUUAUUUUUAUUAUUAUUAUGAUUAUUAUUAUUAUCAUUAUCACCGUUACUGUUACUAUUAUUGAACGUAUUAACUUAAAUCAGGUUAUGAAAAACAGAAACUUAGUUUAAUAAUGUUUCAGCCAUAUGAAAUUGAAGUUAUUUUUUAUUUUUUUGGGGUGUUUUUUGUUGUUUUUUUGUUGAGUAAGCACAUUAUUUUAAUGGAUUAAUAUGAGAAACAUAGCCGACUUUGCUGUUAAGUUCUUACUGAAGGGAAGUCGGAGAAAUUCGAGCCUUGUAGCUAAUGAAAAAAAGGCUGAUAUUAAUAAAAAUGGCUACUUAAAUGAUUUAAUUAUGUGCCAAGAAACAUCCAUGACACAUGAUGUAAAGUCUUUUAACAAUAUUGCUGUAUAGUCAGCAAGUGAAAUUGCUACCAAGAUAGUUGCAUGUAGUAGAGUUUGACCCUUUACCACGUGUAUUAAGUUGAUUUUCACUACUUAACAUUAGACAAUACACUAAGAUUUCCAAUAACAUUCAGUAUGUCUUUAAAACCUGCAACUGUUGGCAGUGGAAUUGCAAUCAUGGUUCAAUAUGUUUGAAGUAUUACAUUUGAAUCCAGUGCUAUGGUAUUUUUGAAAAAGGUAUACUUGUAUGAUACAUUGAUAAAUGUGCAGUUUUCUAAUGGCAAAUUUACUUGUUUUGUUUUCUGUUUUUUUGCGUGUUUGGUUUAGGUUUUUUUUUUUUUUUUUUUUUUUUUUUUUUUUAUACUAUCUACAUGUUGUUGGGGUUUUUUGUUAGGUGAAGAAUGUGUACAUGUGUUUAUUUAGAACCCUUGAAAUUGAGAUAAUUUAAUACAAUAAAUAAAGUAAAUACUCAAUAAUGAAACAAAAAAUUUUGCAAAGUAAAUUUUGCAACAGCUUUUGUGAUGGCAGUGAAGAUUACCAUUGCUUUUUCUGGGCUGCGUUUAGCAGAAAGCUGUUAACACCCCCUGUCACAUACACACACACACACACACGAAAAAAAUGAAUAAUUAAAAUAUAAAUAAAUGACGACUUUGUAUGUUGGCAUUUGGUUUCUAGGUGAACAAAUAUGCUCAGAAACACAUUGCACUUGAUGAGCCCCAAAAUAAAACCAUUUACGUCAGUCGAGGAGCAAAAUCUAAAACGUCUAAUACAUUGAUAAGUUCAUCUACAAAACCCUUCAACAAAACCCCUUUCAUUACAUAUGAUAAGAUGUUUUAAUUAAUCUUAAGUUGGUGUCAGGUUUUUGCUAACAAGCAAUGUUUUGAUUGGUUUGAUGAAUAAGCAUCUUGACACUUUUAACAUUGGUUUUGGUUACGUCUUUUAAGGAUUUAAAAACAAAAUAAUCUAAUAUAAAAGACCAUGGCGAGGCUUUAGAUUUCAUUAAUUUGAGCGCAACAGGGUUUUUAAAAUAUCAGUUUUGAGCAAUGCAAGGUCUUUUUAUUCAGUAAUGUUAUUGUUAUUAACAGCUUCUGCAAAGUUGUGAAUAUUGAAAAAUGCAUGUCAAAUUAUUUCAGACGACAUGUUUCUAAUGGUUUUGAGCUGAAGCAUUUUGGGCGUGGUUACUUUGGGCACAGCAUUUUUUUCGUCUUGACUGUGGUGCAGUCUAAAUCCCAGCAAGACAUCCAUGCUAGUUAAAUGUGUAUUUAGUAUAUGUAUAUGGAGAUAAAAAAAAGAGAGGAACUAUCAUCACCAACAGGUGAGUAGAAACUGGUGGUGGUAAGAACAUUUUGAAUAAUGCUAGUCCCCCAGUCUCAAAACAAAUCAUAGAUGUGCUUCACUGUGAGUAUCAUGCAGUCAUACUAAGGUGGGCUUUUCUUACGACGGGCAACAGAUGUUUCAUACAUGUAUCUGUCAUUUUUAUUAUUUUAUUUUUGCUCCUUUUUAUGAUGGGGAUUAGAAACUGCUAUACUGCCAGUGCUCCGGACUAAUAUAUACUGAGCACCAACAACCCCCAACCAAAUUGGGGUUAUUAGAAUAUGUUUAUUUGCUUACAAAUGCUCCAUUCUGUAAAAUAAAAGGUGUAUCAAUCGGUAAUUCCCCUGAAUAUCAAUAUGUGUUGAUCCAUUCUUAAAAGACCACAUUAAGUGUCACAGCUGAACAUUGUAUUCGUGUUUCUUUUGGUGUUGGUAUAUUUAAACUUUCAACCCUCCGAUAGUGGUGCAUAAAAGGAAGAACAUCAGGAGAGAUUUUAACUUGCUAGUAAUUACAGAUAGCCAGUAAGGUUUAUCAACUUGAAUUACGUGACUAUCUGGUUCUUUUCUACCUUGUAAUGCAUGUUUCUAUUGUUUUACAUUCAUAUUUUAGGCUUUGAAAAUGAGAGAUAUAAAUUGUAGAAGUUUAUAAUGUUUCAUAAUUUUAUCAUCUUUUUUUUUCUAUUUGUAAAUCUUUAUGGUGGCAAACUGUUUUGCUUUAUUGUGUGUGGAUGUGUACAUAUGUGUGUGUAUGUGUGUGUGUGUGUGUGUGUGUGUGUGGCUGGAACAAUGGGGGAAAAACAUCAAAUGGAGUCUUGGGUGGGGGUAACAAGUGCUGAAGUUAAUUUGGUGUUCUAAAUUCACAUCAAAAUUAGUUUUGUAUGCAAUGCUUUACAAACGGUGCCAAGUUAAAAUACAUUUCAUCUUUGCAGUGUACAUUCUCUUCCAAAAUAUUUUUGCUUUGGCCAGUUGUCAGAAAAAAACUAGUAAAGAAUUACAAUGAACAAAACUACAGUUCAUAAACAAACAAAAGUCAACUAGCCAUGGCUGGUUGGGUGGUUUUAGGCCAGUUUCUCUGAUCGCUUGUAUGGAUGGCAGGGCAAGAGUGAUGUGCAAAAGUAUACAAAACAAGAAGAAACAACAAAACUAAAUAUUAAUUUAGAUUUCUUUAAUUUGUUUAAAAUCCUGUUACGUUUUAUUGUAUCUAGUUUAAAAAAAACAAAUUUAUGUUCCUUUUGACAGUCUUAUCAAAAAAAAAUAUAUACUGUGAAACCUCUCAAAACUGAACCCUCUGUUAACCAGAAUUUUAUCAAAAUAGGAUGUAUUUCACAGUCCUGGUCUGUAGAGAACUGAACGUCUUUAAACCAGACUUUUAUCAAAAUAGGAUGUAUUUCACAGUCCUGGUCUGUAGAGAACAGAACGUCUUUAAACCAGACUUUGCUUGGUUCCGAUGGUGUUUGGUUUAGAGGGUUUUCACUGUAAAAUAUUCAGUCCUUUUGUUGAUCAGUAUAAUUACAAUCAGCAACAUCAAAUGAAUAAUUAAGAGACAUCAUGUCUGUGAACAUUGGUUUUUCGUUUGAGGUUCCCCCCGCCUUUUCUUAUAAUAGUGGUAAUAAUAAUAGUCAUUUCGAUAAAUGUCAUAACCUGUAUGUAUUGAUAUUUCAAGGUAAUCCAUAUGUUGGUUACUAGAGGUUAUGCUAAUUUUCGUGGCUAAUUGACAAAUAAUUCUCAGUUUUGGCAGUGUCAUGGUACUUUUCAUGGGCGGGACAUAGCCCAGUGGUUAAGCGCUCGCAUGAUGCACGAUCUGUCAGGAUUUCUCAUUCCUGCUAGUGUAUCACUACUGGUAUAUCAAAGGCUGUGGUAUGUGCUAUCCUGUUUGUUGGAUGAUGCAUAUAAAAGAUCCCUUGCUACUAAUGGAAAAAUGUAGCAGGUUUCCUCUGAAGACUAGUUAAAAUUACCAAAUGUUUGACAUCCAAUAGCCGAUGAUUAAUAAGUCAAUGUGCUCUAGUGGUGGUGUUAAACAAAACAAACUUUUUCGUUGUAUUGAGAAACUUUAAGAAACCAACUAUGGGUGAAGGGUAGUCGACUUCAAUAUUGAGUUAUGUACAGGCAUGUGAUUCUUCCGCUAAUUGGCGGAAUUCGUUUCAUUAAUUUUCCUUGCAUUCUGCACUCGAUUACGUGCCUUCGGCACGCAUGUAUCAUUUUCAGCUUUUUUUAGAAAUGUUUCAGUCACAUGCCUGUAUGCACCGUACUGUACAGGCAGGGAGCAUUUUGUUCAGUAUUGCUUAGCGAUUCACUAUGCAAGUUUCAGAAAUCGCUACACAAUUUUAAAACCUUAAAUAGUAGUUACUAAUCAAUUUUUAGUUGCCUAGAAAUAUUGCUAAUGAAGAUUUUAAAAACAAAAUGUUCCUUGACUGGUACAUAUGUCAUUUAUCCUAUCCACAUUACUUGAAUCCCUGUAUGGCCUAAAAUCUGUUUUUGUCAUUUUACCCCCCACUUUUCAUAUGUUGACGUAAUCAUUGUGAGAAUAGAGAUACUAUUCCAGAUUGUAUUUUAGAAUAAAAUUUAAUAUUCAUAUUUACAUAUUAAGAGAAAUGUUUAUGAUUUUCAGUAAAAAACCCCCCACAAAAAUGGAAACAUUAUGCUCAUUAGUUGACAUAUGUAUACCAUGAAUUUAACGCUACAGUAUUUUUUAGGAACCGGUUGACGUAUUAGAGUGGUGGUUCACGACUCUAUUUGUUUGGGGAGAAAGUGAUUCUAUUUUUCUACCAGUGAGUGUUGCAACUGAUAUAUUGUACAGUGGUUACUGGUCAUCAUGUCAUGAAUUCAGCAUCGGCUCAUCAUGCAUUGCUUUGUUGUUAUUGGUUCAACCAUUUUUCAUGGUUGAUUGGUGCAAAUGAUAUAACAAAAAAUUAAAGAAUUUAACAGUU